UGUUUUUGUUUCACACCUAAGCUCACAGUACAAUGUAGAUGGUCUCGCAGUUGAACAGAAAUCAUAAUGGAGUACAAUCGCUUUUGCUGCUUACUUAUUUUUAUGAUCAAUCUACAAACCAUAUUUGGCGAGGAUGAUACCAUAAUUCAGCAUCGUUCUAAGCGACAGGCAUUCAGUCCUGAUGCUUUUUUCGAAAAGUUUGGCUACCUUGAAGAGAAAACUUCAUCUGGUCAGCAACAUAGCCCAGCAGACAGAGAAAAGGCUAUAAGAAACUUCCAGCAAUUAGUUGGACUGCCAGUUACCGGGAUUUUGGACCGUAAGACUGUCAAGAAGAUGCAGGCUCCACGAUGUGGCAACAAAGACAUCUUACGUGACAAGGACACUGCCGCCAGAACCAAAAGCUCCAAUCUUCUUAAGCCAGCAGAAUUCAAAACAUUAGGAUUAAAAUGGCCAAAAACUGAAGUAUCGUGGAAGGUGAUUGGGUACACGCGGACGAACCCAUUGUCGCAGAGCCAGCAUAGGCGGGCCUUCAUCAACGCCUUCAAUAAGUGGAGCAGCGUCUCGCCGCUGAGGUUCCGGGAGGUUGCCAGCGGUGACGCAGAUAUCAUCAUCGACUUCAAGCGCUACGACCACGGAGACGGUAGCCCGUUCGACGGAAGAAGUGGAACUCUCGCACACGCCUUUUUCCCGGGUACCUCCGCUAUAUCUGGCGACACACACUUCGACGACGACGAAAAAUGGACCAUGGGCACCUCUGAAGGCACGAACCUGGAAAUAGUGGCUGCCCACGAGUUUGGUCAUGCUUUAGGUCUCAGCCAUUCAAGCACACCGGAAGCUUUGAUGGCGCCAUACUACCAGGGCUAUGAUCCAAAUUACAAGCUCCAUGAUGAUGAUAUUCGAGGGAUACAGAGUCUAUAUGGUGGACCAUCAAGAACCACAAGACGUCCGUACACCACAAGACGUCCGUACACCACACGGCGUCCGUACACCACUCGACGUCCGUACACCACUCGACGUCCUUACCCCAGGCCGACCACACGGAGACCGACACCACCUGGUGAUAUAUGCAGUCUUAAAUUUGAUACCAUAUUCAACGCCCGCGAUGGAUCUAUGUAUGCUACACGAAAAGAGUUAAUUUAUAAGUUUAACCGAAAUGGGAUAGGAUUUGAAAGAGGGUUUCCAAAGAAGACCAGAAAGAUUUACAAAAGAGCCCCGAAGAACGCCGGGGCCGCCGUCAAAGAUCGAUACGGGAGGGUAUACAUGUUCAAAGGUAGUAAGAUAUUCCGUUACACGGAUUAUCAGCUUGACCAAGGAUACCCGAAGAGAAUUCCCGGUAAAAACAACUUCUACCGUAAAAUCCAGGCUGCCAUAACUUGGUAUGAUGGAAGGACUUAUGUUUUCAAGGGGGAUAAAUAUAGUAUCUGGGACGAGAGGUACAUCAACCCCCCCUCCGGUUAUCCUCGCCCGAUCUCUUCGUUCUGGGGAGGGAUACCUGUCAAUGUUGAGGCAGCCAUCAGAUGGGGCAGUAACACGUUCUUCUUCAAGGGCAAAAAUUACUUCAAGUUUGAUGAUCGAUACAGAAGGAAGUACGCUGGCUACCCUAAACCCAAGGCCGCCCCCUGGUUAGGAUGCGGGAGAACCACACCCAAAUAAAUCCGCGGGGAGCGUGAUAUGGACAUAGUAGUCAAUUUAACUAGCUUCUGAUUUAUGCGAGGCCGAGUCCAAAUAUUUCUAUUCUAGAUAUUUUGAUGAAAUUUAUUGCGAGUAUAUCAAUAAUUUUUAGGUAAAAAAAGUGAUUCACCACCUCAAUUUUCUCGGAGGUCGUUUUGAAAUUUAUCAUUGUUUAUUAUAGGACCUACGGGAACUUGUUAAAUAAAUGCAUAAUUUUCACAUUAUCCCCAAUUUUUUUUUGUAUUUCUAUCCAAGGAAUUUUUUUUCAAUCUUUGAAAACUAUUGUAAAACAUAACCAAAUUAAAUUUCAACAAAAAUUUACCUCUUGGAUUGGUUUAGAGAUAUUGAUUAUAAAAAUAAUUAGCCCCCCCCCCCCCUAAAAAAAUGGCAUAUUUCGAUAUUUUGGCUUUUAAAAAUGAAUUUUUAACAGAAUAAUCAUUUUAAAAUGCUCUUUCGGUAAUGUUUUUAACCCAUCGCAGCCUUGGAUAAAUGUGCGAAUCAUACUUCUUUCGUCUGCUUUAGUGCAUAGUUAAUUAUCUCAACUGAUAAUGUUAACAUAUAUUGUUAAUUUUAUAUAAAAACACAAUGCAAAAGAAAGUUACAGCUUUGCACCUACGGCUGCAUGAAAAUAAAAAAACGCACAAAGUCAUGCGCUCUCGAAUUUUACUCGGCCUCGUUAAUCGCACAAAACUGUACACUGUGUGUACAAUGGGUUUUUUUUUCAGGGAUAAAAUAUAUUAAUGAAUUCCAACAAUAUAAAUAUAUUAUGUUGAAAAAAUGUAUGUGGUUAUUGUAUAUUAUGUAGCUUUUGAAAACAAUAAAAGAAAGUUGUUAAAGGGUU